AUGGGACCAUCUCUAGAAACCCCCGAGCCCGUCGAGGACGUCCUCGCGAACCCGCUCAAGCAGAAACCGCAGCUCGUCGCCCCCGAACCCGAACACUGCCCCGGCCCGGAAUCGGAACAGGCCGGCACCGCCGACUCGUGCGCCGGGUGUCCCAACCAAGCAAUAUGCGCAUCGGCGCCCAAGGGGCCCGACCCGGACCUCCCGGCGAUCACAGCGCGGCUGGCGGGGGUCAAGCACAAGAUCCUGGUGCUCAGCGGCAAGGGCGGGGUGGGCAAGAGCACGCUGACGGCGCAGCUGGCGCAGGCGCUGGCGACGAACCCGGAGGCGACGGUCGGGGUCAUGGACACGGACAUCUGCGGGCCCAGCAUCCCCAAGAUGCUCGGCGUCGAGGCCGAGACCAUCCACGUCAGCGGCAGCGGCUGGUCCCCCGUCUGGGCCGCCGACAACCUCGCCGUCAUGUCCAUCCAGUUCAUGCUGCCCAACCGCGACGACGCCAUCAUCUGGCGCGGACCAAAGAAGAAUGGCCUGAUCAAGCAGUUUCUGAAGGACGUCGAGUGGGGGGAUUUGGACUUUUUGCUGGUGGACACCCCGCCAGGCACGAGCGACGAGCAUCUGAGCGUAAACACGUUUUUGAAGGAGAGCCGGAUCGAGGGUGCCGUUGUGGUCACCACUCCGCAGGAGGUAUCGCUGCUGGACGUGCGGAAGGAGAUUGACUUUUGCCGGAAGGCGGGCAUUCGGAUUCUGGGGUUGGUGGAGAACAUGUCGCUCUUUGUGUGUCCCAAGUGCACGCACGCGACCGAGAUCUUUCAGGCGACGACGGGCGGGGGCCGGGCGCUGGCGGCGGAGAUGGGGAUCCCGUUCCUAGGUGCGGUACCACUGGACCCCCGGCUAGGCAUGGCGUGUGACUAUGGCGAGAGCUUCUUUGACUCGUUCCCGGACAGCCCCGCGUGUCUCGCGCUGAAACAGGUGGUUAGGGGGUUGGCGGGACAGAUUGGCUUGGACCCGAAGGAAGUUGUGCCGGAGGGCUAG